AUGAAAAAGUACAAAUUCAAUGAGUUGCCCUACUUUUGGGGAUUGAUAUCGGAUGUUGAAGCGGAGAAUAUUCUGAAGCCAAUGGAUGUUGGAACAUUUCUACUUAGGAGCACGUGCAUCAAUCGUGUUCACAAGUUGAUUCUCUCGUUUGUCACAGUUAUCAAGAAAAGUCAUAAGCAAAAACACAACACAAUCGCUGAGCUCGUUUCGUAUUACCAGGAGCACACAAUCACUAAUGGCCAUAAACUCGCAACUUACAAGCAAAGGCCGUCGUGGUUCAUUAAAACCACUGAUGUCAAAAUUCCAGCAAAUGCAAGGCAAUUGGGCUCCGGCAAUUUCAGUGUAGUUGUUCUUGGAAGAUAUAAAGACAAAUACGUAGCGGUUAAAAAUUUGUUGGGAUCCGAAGAUCAUUUGAUGAAAGCCAAAGAGGAUUUGUACAAAGAAGGGAAGGUAAUGUCCAAAUUGAAGCAUCCAUAUAUUAUUAAGUUUUAUGGAAUCGCUCUCGACAAUUUACCGCCAUUGAUUGCGAUGGAAUUGAUGGCCGAUGGACUACUAACCCAUCUUAAAGCCCAUGGAAGUACAAUGUCUAUUGGCGAAAAGCUACUCCUCUGUUGGCAAUUGUGCAAAGCGCUGGAAUAUAUGGCUGAAAAAAAGUUGGUGCACCGCGAUCUCGCUGCGCGAAAUUGCUUGAUUAGCAAAUAUGGCAUUUUGAAGCUGACCGAUUUUGGACUUUCUGAUUAUGAGGCGGCUCUUUUCGCCUAUUGUACAAUUUUGGAUCAGAUGCCUGUUAGAUGGAUGGCGCCGGAGACGAUCCUUCCAACGGCUACGUUUAACGAACGAACCGAUGUUUGGUCAUUUGCGGUGGUUUGUAAUGAGAUUUUUGACAAUGGGAACCCUCCACUGAAAAAUAUGGACACAAAUGACAUCAUCGAAGCCUUGAAAAAAUAUGAUGAUUCGACUUCUCUUCAUGUUCCCGCUGCUGGAACUCCCAUGGAAAUAAUUGAUAUGGAGAAGCGGUGCUGGAAGGCUUCGAACUCGGCAAGGCCGAUGUUUGCUGAAUUGGUUAUCAUGUGCGAUAUGCUGCUGAAGAACAAGUAUCCGCCGCCGGAAAUUGAAGAGUCGUCGAUGAAGAAGGUGAACAAAGUGAAGCCGUUAACGAUUUAUGAAUAUGAGAUAAUGGAGGAAUAUGAACUUGAUAGUGAUGCAGAUUCUGAGGAAGAAUCUUUCCCGAUUAAACGACGUGGAACUAGGAAAUCGAAAAGGUCCGAUCGAUUGAGAAUUAUGUAA